ACCCCAGCGUCACUUCGACACAAACGAAGAGAGGAGAGAGGGGAAAAAGAAAAAAAAACUCCCUUGCUUCCCUCCCCCUCUUCACACCAGGUUCAACUUAAGGUCCUUCUAAUCCUAGCGAGCCGCAUCCCGUCCCUUCAGUUUGCUCCCUCUCGGGCGAAUGAAUUCCUUCCCGCAAUCCUACACUUCAACCUUAAACUCUCCUUCCGCACUACCGGUAGUGCUUGUCUGGUAGAAGUUUGCCGAACUCAAUCUCUCCUCUCUAACGCAGGUCCAAAAUCGUACUGCCCCUUUACAAAAUUCCAACAUGGGCGACCGAGCUCGUGACCGCAGGGUCGAUGAUUUCCACCGUUUUACCGGACGCGGCGAUCCGAAUAAUCCCAAUCAUGAAUUCACAUAUCAACAUCAGCGCCAGAUGCCAACCGAGACAGACAGCUAUAGACCGGGCGAUUGUACACAAGAUGACAACCGGGGCCCCUCUCGACAUCCGAAAGAAUCCAAAGGGUCCAAAACCGGGAAGCGCCAGAAGACGAAACAGCAGCCGAAACCACAAAAGUGGACUCCCGUCCCGGCUCAUGAGAGGCCAAUCUUAUCAUUCAAUGCCCGCGAGAAAACCCCUGAUUUGCUGCCGGGAAUGAUUACAGGGGGGGAGUUCUUAUCCGCCCCUGACGGAUCAGCUGAUGGCGUUGGUGAAAACAUAUGCGAUGCAGCUGGCGCUGGCGAUGGAGUUGAGAUGGACAUGUCAGACGAUGAAAACCCGGAAUUGGCCGCUGCAAAGGCCGUUACAGCCGUGGAAGAAGCAGUAGACGGAGAAAGGAAGCCAGAUGUAAUUUCUCUGAUCCGUUCUUUUAAAACCAGAACCUCUGUGGGAAAACCUAAAAAUCCUGUUCAAGACAAUGAUGAUUUUAUCUCGCUUUCUUUUGGUGACGAGCCUAUUCACUUGGACCAAGAUGAUGAGGAUUCCAACCACAAGAGAAGGAAGGUGAAUGGCAAGGAUAACCAUGAUGAACCAAGCUUCUCUCACAGGUUUAAUCAUUUUGGGCCGCCCAGGGACACAGGACCGCCAGGUUUACCACCCCGCCCUUUGACCUAUCGCAAACCUACACCCCCUCCCCAGCCGCAGUAUCCACACCUACAACCCCGUAACCGCUCAGUCCAGCAAUCUAACAGUGGAGGCCCUUCCAGUCUUCCUAACGCCCCCCAGUCUAAACGCACAUCCCUCAACACAUCAGGUAAUCCCGCGAUGCAGAACAAGGGAUAUGACGGCCGAUUAGACAUACCCAAAAGCAGAAAGAGAAACUAUUCUGAAAUGAGUCGCGGUAAAACCAUCAUCGAUGGCAAUAUCACUCAUGAGUACAUGGCCACCCCAAGGUCUGAGCCGUGUCCUUGGACCAAGAUGGGAAGCGAUCACUCGAGAUCUCUGAGUAUGUCCAAUUGGUGAGUAUCACCAAAUUUAUACAUGAAAUUAUAUCUUUCAUUGACCGAUCCCAACAGAAAGUAAGAAAGAAUCUAACUCCUUUUGCGCUAUCUUUAGGCUUCACAACGAGAUCCUUGACUUUAUUGCUUACAUCCAACCGCGUGCCUACGAACAUGCCGUUAGAAGAGAGUUGGUCCAUCGCAUACGAGCUGUGGUUACUAAACUUUGGCCCGAUACCGAUCUCCGGGUCUUCGGGUCGUUUGCAGCGGAGCUGUAUCUACCAACAAGUGAUAUCGACCUAGUUGUCAUAUCUACUUCCUUUGCGAAGAUCGGCAUACCUCGUUAUUCAGAAAAGAAUGCGCUCUACAAGCUUAGGCAAGCGCUUCUCGCUUCUAACACCGCAAAACCCGGAAGUUUGGUGGUGAUUGCCAAUGCAAAGGUGCCAAUCAUCAAGUUUGUGGAUCGCGAAACGAAUAUCCAUGUCGAUAUCUCGUUUGAGAACUCUUCAGGCUUGGUGGCCAAUGAGACAUUUAUUAAAUGGAAAACUCAGUUCCCCGCGAUGCCGAUAUUACUUACGGUCAUCAAACAGUUUCUUGCGAUGCGUGGUCUUAAUGAAGUAUAUCUUGGGGGAUUGGGCAGUUUUUCGGUCACCUGCCUCAUCGUAAGCAUGCUUCAAAUGCACCCUGGCGCAGCCAGUGGAGGGAUGGACCCUCGGAGGCACCUGGGGAUCAUGCUACUUGAAUUUCUGGAGCUGUAUGGUAAAAACUUCAAUACCGAGACCCUAGGCAUAUGUGUGGAUUCCAGGAAACCCUCCUACUUCCGCAAGAACGAUGUAUUUCCCGUGAUCCAGAGGGGAGCAACGCCGCCGCAGACCGAUCUCCUAUGCAUCCAGGACCCGAACAAUGCGGAGAACGACAUCUCGCGGAGCAGUUACCACAUCAAGAUGAUACUGACCCUCUGGGCGGAAGCCCUCGACGAUCUCGCCGGCCAGAUGAAGAAAUUUGAGACAUUGCAAUUCGUCGAUAGGCAAAACAGAAGUUUGCUGGGCGUCAUCCUUGGAGGUAACUACGGGAAAAUCGAAGAACAGCGUUGGCUGAUGAAGAAGGUCUACAUGGAUCGGAUUGGACCACUUGAGGACAUUCUGAUGGAAGAGAGACAGUGGGGCGGGACUACGCCUUUCGUCACGCAAACGCCCAACCCAGUUCAGCAGCCUACCGACUCGAGCCCCGCGAACGGCCCAGCGCCCAACAAGAAGACUUCUCGUGGCAAUAAUCCUGGUGGGCCAUCGUACUCCCGGAAGAGCAAACAGAGAUUUCAUGGGAGAGGAAGACAGGACGAGCCAAUCGUCAUUGAU